UUUUAAUGAUGGGGUUCUCCAGGUUUUGAAUUUUCAGGUGUGGCCACGUAUUUUAAAUUUUCAAGUCUUCUUGCAAUCCCAAAACUUGGAUUAAGAACUGGAAACAGAAAAAAACUCAUCUCUCUCCCUCACCCCUGUUGUGCUGCACUGCCUCUAAUCUCGACCAUGCCUCUGCCGCUGCUCCCGAAAAAACGGGGGAUUUCCCAUGAAGAUGCUCUGAGCUCCGAAGGUGGACCCGCGGAUGACGAUUCUUGUCCCGAUGAGUCGGAGAAGUUGGAGUUCGAUGUGGAACAAAUGGCGCAAGAGAUAAUGGAACGCCGAUCUACUCUUCCGGAGCAGCUUAAGAGCACGCUCGCCUCGGUUCUUGCCUCGCAAAGACCCCUUGUUCCGGAAUUUUCAGAUAUAGGCCAACCCGAAGCUCCCAAGUCGGGUGCCUCAGAACAAGACAUUUUGAUGAGGCAGAAACUAUCUGAUGUGGAGAACCCAGAAACUGCCAAGAAAGUGCAAUUGCUGAAACAAAAGAUCUCAAGCAAUGCCUGUGUCAUGCCAGUUGUUUUGAAGAGGAUGAAAGAGUGUAUUGCAAGAAUAGAGAAGUUAGAUUCAUACAAUGUAAUCAUACAUCCGGCAUUUAAAAGGAAAAAAACUAAAGGAGCGUGAUGUAUCAAACUUAAGAUACUUGUAUAAACGUUAACAUGAAGCGAGAUGUGUAUUCAGUAUUCUGACAUUGUUCCACCUUGAUUUGUUGAGCUCGACGGGUGUUCCACCUAGGUAUGCCUUUACAAAUGGAUUUGAUACUAGGAAAGCUGUGUCAAAUGUAAAUUGUUUUGUCAUUUCUGAUAUUCUUUCGGGAAAGCUGAAAGAAAGUUAAUUCCUUGCAUUAA